AUGGCGCGCAGAGAAAGCACCAAGCAAAACCUCUUCGUCGUCUCCAACCGUCUCCCCCUAUCGGUCAAGAAGGCUGAUGACGGCUCCUACCAAUCCUCCCUGUCGGGCGGCGGCCUGGUCACCUCGCUGUCGGGUCUCACUAAAACCACCCAAUUCAGCUGGUUCGGCUGGCCAGGCCUCGACGUCGCCGAAGAGAAGGACCGGGAGUCGCUUCGCAAGAGCUUGGACGAACACAACGCGAUUCCGAUCUUUCUAGACAAUGAGUUGGCGCACGAUCACUACAACAACUUCUCCAACUCAAUCCUCUGGCCUAGUCUACACUACCAAUCCGGUGUCUCCUUCGAAGAAGGCCCCUGGGAGUCGUACAAACGCGUCAACGAGAUCUUCGCCGACACGAUCGCCGAGAAGGCCCUGCCAGGUACACUGAUCUGGGUCCACGACUAUCAUCUCAUGCUUCUACCUCGGCUGCUGCGCGACCGGCUGAAGGACAAGAACUGCGCGAUCGGGUUCUCCCUGCACACUCCCUUCCCGGCAGGUGAUUGGUGGAGAAGCCUGCCGGUGCAGAAGGAUCUGCUGGAUGGGAUGCUUGCCAGUGAUGUGAUCGGGUUCCAUACGGAGGAGUACAAGCAGAACAUGGUUCAUUCUGCCGAGGCACUGGGCGCGAAAACCGAUACCCCCGGACAGAUCGAGUACAGGGGUCGGAAGGUUGUGGUGGAGAAAUUCAUCGUCGGGAUCGAUCCGCAGAAGUUCGCGGACUCGCAAGCGAAUGAAGAUGUGCAGAAACGCAUCAAGGAGCUGCAGGAGCGGUACAAGGGCAUGAAGAUCAUUAUCGGGGUGGAUCGGUUGGACCACAUCAAGGGGCUUACGCAGAAGCUGAAGGCAUAUGACACGUUCCUGGACCAGCAUCCGGAGCUCAGCAACAAGGUGGUGUUGAUUCAAGUGGCCGUGCCGAGUCGCGAAGAUGUCAAGGAGUAUCAGGAUCUGGAGACGGAGAUCAGCACCAUUGCGGGAAGGAUCAAUGGAAAGCACUCAACGGCCGACGGAUGUCCACUGAUCUACAUGCACCGAUCGGUCAACUUCAGCGAGCUGACGGCAUUGUACUCUGUUGCGGACGCGUGUCUGCUCACCUCUACGCGCGAUGGUAUGAACUUGGUUUCGUUCGAAUACGUGGCGUGCCAGGCGCAACGGCACGGUGUGCUGGUCCUGUCCGAGUUUGCGGGAGCGGCGUCGUUCAUGAAAGAGGGCUGUCUGACCUUCCACCCGGCCAAUAUGGCGGAAAUGGUCGAUGUCCUUUACAAGGCUGUGACCAUGGGCGAUGAGGACCGAGAGAAGAACUACGAGACUUUGCGAAAGUUUAUUGAGACGAACACUAGUGCGAAAUGGGGAGAGACCUUUAUUGACACGCUGUAUGGACGCUUGAGAAGCUCGUGA